AUGUACCAGAGCCUGGCCAUGUCCAACCACGGGCCCCCGCCCGGCGCCUACGAGGCGGGCGGAGCAGGCGCCUUCGUGCACGGCGCGGCCGCCGCGUCCCCACCCGUGUACGUGCCCACGCCGCGGGUGCCGUCGUCCGUGCUCGGUCUGUCCUACCUGCCGGCCGGAGGCGGUGGGGGCGCGGCGGGCGGCGGCGCGAGUACGGCCCCAGCGGGCGCGGGGCCCGGGGCGCAGCAGGGCAGCCCGGGCUGGGGCCAGGCGGCCGCCGAGGGUGCGGCCUACACGCCUCCGCCCGUGUCCCCGCGCUUCUCCUUCCCGGCCACGUCGGGCUCGCUGGCUGCGGCCGCGGCGGCCGCUGCGGCCCGGGAGGCGGCGGCCUACGGCGGCGGCGGCGCGGCAGCGGGCGCGGGGCUGGCCGGCCGCGAGCAGUACGGGCGCGCUGGCUUCGCGGGCUCCUACUCCGGGCCCUACCCCGCCUAUGUGGCCGACGUGGGCGCGUCCUGGGCCGCCGCUGCCGCCGCCUCGGCCGGCCCCUUCGAUGGCCCCGUGCUGCACAGUCUGCCCGGUCGCGCCAACCCCGCUGGCCGGCACCCCAACCUCGUUGAUAUGUUCGACGACUUCUCUGAAGGCAGAGAAUGCGUCAAUUGUGGUGCCAUGUCCACCCCACUGUGGCGGCGGGACGGAACCGGCCACUACCUGUGCAACGCCUGCGGCCUCUACCACAAGAUGAAUGGGAUCAACCGGCCCCUCAUCAAGCCGCAGCGUCGCCUGUCUGCCUCCCGCCGAGUGGGCCUGUCCUGCGCCAACUGCCAGACCACCACCACCACCCUGUGGCGCCGCAACGCUGAGGGAGAGCCUGUGUGCAAUGCGUGCGGUCUCUACAUGAAGCUCCAUGGCGUGCCCCGGCCUCUCGCCAUGCGGAAGGAGGGGAUUCAGACCAGAAAACGGAAGCCCAAGAACCUCAACAAGUCCAAGACGCCGGCAGGUCCCUCCGGUGCCGAGAGCCUGCCCCCCGCCAGCUCAGCACCCAGCACUGUCAGCAGCGGGGCAGCCAGCGGCAGCGAGGAGCUGCGCCCCAUCAAGACAGAGCCUGGGCUGGCAGCCCACUAUGGGCCCAGCAGCUCCAUCUCCCAGAGCUUCUCCGUGAGCGCCAUGUCUGCCCACGGCCCCCCCCUGCACCCCGCCCUCUCGGCCCUGAAGCUCUCCCCGCAAGGCUACACGUCCUCGGUCAGCCAGUCCCCGCAGGCCAGCUCCAAGCAGGACCCUUGGAACAGCCUGGCCCUGGCCGACAGCCACGGGGAUAUCAUCACAGCCUAA